AUAAAAGCUGCUCCUCCUCACUGCUGCAGAGGUGGACACUCACCUGCAGGAUAAGACUUGUCAGGACCGAGGGAUCUAUCGAAAACCCCGAGAGGAACAUCAGGAACAUUAAGAAUUCAUAGGGACUGUAAAGAAAUAGUGCUUCAAGAUGUUGAUCACCAUGCUAACAGCCAUGUAUGUGAUGGUCAAAGUUGUGGAAUCGAUAGGGACACGGUUCGCACGAGAACAGGACCCAUUGCCUUACUUGGUGUCCCAGCCUUUGCCUUGGCAGGUUCACUCUGUGUCACACAGCCGGAGGAGCAGCAAAGCAGAGGAGUUUGAAGGCAUGAGGAGGAACAGCAUAGGCGUAUAUAGAAAGAGCUCCAACGCCACUAAUGGGACAUGCCCUGUGCCCCCUGUUCCCCCACUCAGCCCUGUGGAAGUGGAAAAGGCAGCUGCCACCAUCCAGACCCACUUCAGGAAGUUCCAACAGAAGAAACAAAAGAACGGCAAGUAAACGGACAGAGAAGGGCGGUGUGGUGGCGAUGUGGUGGCGGUGUGGUGGCGGUGUGAUGACGGUGCUGGUGCAGAUUCACCAAAAUAUGGAUAACCUCUGUAAUGAUACACACAUUCGCAAAUGUAAAUACAUUCAAGCUAUGUUUAAACACUGAGUAGAGCCCCUGGAUGGGUGACACUGUAUAAACCAUGACAUGCAGUAAUAGAGCGCAUUUAUAUCCUUGCUUAUAAUACCUUAUUCAAAAUCUGUCUGAAUAUAAUAUGUGAAUAUAGUGAUGUGUGAAUGUGAGUGUGACUCAGUAAUUUAUUAAUGUGUUUUGAAUAUGUAAAUAUUGAAAAUAUCUAAUCACUUGUUAACA